AUGCUUCAAAGAAAGCUGAACGAAGUGCUGGUGAAUUCUCGCGAGUCUCGCAGACCAGGCGGAGGCACCUCUGAGGAUCUGCAACAACAGCUGAAUGCAGCCUACAUGUAUUCCAAAGAGUCCCGCGCUUUGGAAACCUGGAGGUCCCAGAAUCAGUACAGAGGGAAGAUUCGGUCCUUCAGCGACUCCAAAGGCUUCGGCUUCAUCGACUGCAAUGAGACGAUGCAGCUGUUUGGCCGAGAUGUUUUCGUGCACAAGUUUCAGCUCCAUGAAUCUGGAGCAUGGGUUGGACAAGAAGUCUUUUUUGAGGUUGAACUCAACAAGACAGGGCAACCUCAGGCCCGGAACAUUGUUCUGGCCAAUCCGGAAGCAGUUUGGGACUACAGCUGGUAUGGUGGUGAUAACAUGUAUAGUGGCUUUGACUACAACAACACCUCGAUGGGUGGCAGGAGCCAAUUUGCUUCAUCGAAUGGUAACCAAAGAUCGAGGCAAACGGAAACCGACUCGGCUGUGUCCAAGCUGAACAUCGAGGAGAUGAUUAGGCAAUGCCAUUCAUCCGCAAGAAUGCAAGAGAUCAUUGAACAGUAUGGGCAGCAUUUCAGCAAACGCCAUGUGGUGACUGCCCUGUACCAGUUGGGUCUCUGUCGGCAAAGUGACAAGCGAAGUGGCCACACCUCUGCGCACGAAUCCGGGUCAUUGACUCGGGCAUUAAUCGACCGUUUGGUUCACAUCCCAGCGGAGGAUUUGGCAGCUGAUGAGGCCUCAAAUGUUCAAUGGGCUUUGGCUGCUCUGGACGAGGUGAAGACUCAUCCCCGUGCCCAUGGCUAUGCCUUUGAAUUGGCACACCAAGCCAAAAAGAGGUACUCAGAGUUCUCUCCUUCUCAGAUGGCCACCUUUGUGGCGGCCCUGUCAAGGCUGGUCCAACAACCAUCAGACGACGAUCUCGUUUGCCAGAUCGUGACGCAGUUCUCGGAGUACUCUUCAGGAAAUGGCAGCUUCCCUCGCUUUCCGCCAGAGGAGCUAAAGACUUGGACCAAUUUUCUACAGGAGGCCUCUCAGCCAUCGAAGUCAAAUACAAUGCCCCUGCCACAUGGGCAACAACAGGCAAUGAUGCCGCAGAACAUGGGAGGAAUGCGACCUCAGGGUGGAAUGGGCGCCAUGAAUCCAGGCAUGGCGAAUAUGGGCAUGGGCUAUGGCAACCAGGGCUGCGGCGGUUGCUGUGGCGGCUGCGGUGGCUGCGGCUGCGGUGGCUGUGGUGGCUGUGGUGGCUGUGGUGGCUGUGGUGGCUGUGGUGGCUGCGGCUACGGUAUGAGCGGCUGUGGACCAAAUAUGCAGCAACAGCAACAGUUGCAACAACAGCAGCAGCAGCAGCAGCAGCAGCAGAUGCAGCAGCUGCAGAUGCAGCAACGCAUGAACCAGAUGCAGCAGUACCAGAGGCCUGCCUACUCCGGUCCAAUGGCCCAGGCUGGAAAGGGUAUGAAGGGCAAUAUGCAGGGCAACAUGCAAGGCAUGGCGAUGCCCCAAGAUAUGCCAGGCAAAGGUGGAAAAGGAGAUGGGGGGAAGCCAGGUUACAACAUGGGCCCUUCAAUGGGGAAGGGAGGAAUGUGUGGCAAAGGCGCACCAGAUGCUGGUGGUGGUUCCUUGCUCAGCAGCGGGAACUUGAAAGCUGGAUUGCCAGGCAUGAUGGCCUCUUCCAAAGGUAAGGGCCAUGACGAAGGAAAAGGAAAGGGAGGAAGCAAAGGGAAGAGCGGCAAAGACAAGGGCAAGGGCAAAGGAAAGGACAAGGAUGGUGGAGGCAAAUCUAUGAGCUAGCCAUAGCAGGCCUCUGAGAGAUGGUGAUGAAACCCAGCGGGAACGCCUUCGAGUAGGAGGCCAUCGCAAGUAGGUUAAAGGCCAUCGCUACUAGGUUGGAGGCCAUUGCUACUCGGUUGGAGGCCAUGGCUACCAGGUUGGAGGCCAUCGCUAGUAGGUUUCCUUCUUUGUUUUCUUUGUAUUCCUCUUCGCUUUCGAGUUUAG